ACGAAGUGUGUACACACUAUGCACGCUUCUUGUCAGCAAUGCCUGUAGUGGGAGAUGUUCGGUUCCGGGAUCCAAGCUGUGUUUUACCCGGAGGGUUCUGGGCAGCGAUAUCAGUCUGGUUGGAUAAGCCGCAGGUGCUGAAUAAGAGGUUAUGUGGCUCCAGUACAGAGCUGAAAGUAGAGUUGUCCCCUGGAACUCAUGCAGAGACUGAUUCCCUGUUGUUGCGUAGCUUCCUCAGUCAGUUGUCUGAUAUCCUUGGCCCUGGGGAGGAGAGGGCAGAUGGCGAUGUGCUUGACAGGAUCAGGGAGUACUGGAACGGUUCGAGGGAGAACGCCAGUGUCACCCUGAGGGUCCUAAUUCCUAAAGCAAACCCGCAUUACCCAUCCACUAUCCCUAAGAAAGAGGGUGUGAUCCAAGAUAUCACCCGCCAGGUUGUGACAUUUUUGCCUUUAGAAGAACAUAAUACGGGACAUUUCCAGGUCAAGAAAAAUAACAUUUAUCAAAUACGUCUUGAGCAUGUCAUGGAUGAUGAAUGGUCAGUUUCUCUGCACACUUUAUAUUCCGAAGACUGGGAUUCUGAUGGAGUCGUAUAUCCUAAAAUCACUUGGAUGAAAAAUGAGCUGCUGUCUAAAAUAGCAAAAUGGUCCAUAGAGGACAAAAAGAGUGAAUUUAAAAGCACCCUAUCGCUCAUUCCUGUGGAUAAAUAUAGCAAGCUGUAUCAGAGCCUGAAGGAGAAAUACAAAGAUAUGGUGAAGAUUCUCUGGGAAGAAGAUCGGGAACUUAAAAACUUAUCUGAAAAGCAAACAUUUGUGGAUUUGGGAUGUGGAAAUGGUCUGCUGGUUCAUAUUUUGAGCAAUGAAGGACAUCAUGGACGGGGUAUCGAUGUACGAAAAAGAAACAUAUGGGAUAUGUACGGUCCCCAAACUAUUUUACAGGAAUCUGCAAUUAUGCCAAAUGAUGAUUAUUUGUUUCCAAACACGGAUUGGAUAAUUGGAAAUCAUUCAGAUGAGCUAACUCCAUGGAUCCCAGUCAUUGCUGCUAGAUCAUCGUACUCCUGUUGCUUCUUUGUUUUGCCUUGCUGCUUCUUUAACUUUUAUGGAAAAUAUAACAGAAAAUCAUGUAAGAAGACUCAAUACAGAGAAUAUCUUGAUUUUGUUACUGAAGUUGGUAAUCAGUGUGGAUUUAAUGUAGAAGAAGAUUGCCUUCGAAUCCCAUCCACCAAGCGGGUCUGCCUUAUAGGAAAAUCAAGAACAUAUCUAUCAACACAAGAAGCAAUGGUUGAUGAACAAAGAAGAAAGUGUAUUACAAGCCAUAAAACAUCUACCUUGGAUGAAUGUAACAAGUCUAUGUGUGUUUCUGAAUGCACAAAAAAAAAAGACUCUACUAACCAGGAGGAGACAUCAGACCCUUUGAUGGCCAGUGCAGAGAACUGGAUAUCUGGAUUCCAGCCUAGGGAUAAAGUAGAACAGAUCAAGAACUGUAGCUUACUCCCUAGAGAUUUUAUUGAUAAAGUUGUCCUACAAGUAGCUAAAUUAUUGUUAAAUUCAAAUAAAGAGGAAAUGGACAAUGCAGAUUUUGACAAAAGAGGGAAAGUUUGGAACACUGGAAGAUGUCUCACAUUAAGAGAAAUAGCAGAAGUUUUGGACAAAGAGACUUUACAAAGAUUAAAGAAUGAGUGUGGAGGCUUACAGACUCUGUUUAGGAACAAUCAUCAAGUAUUUGAAGUGAUGAAUUCCAGCGUUUCUAUUCGAGAUUGGAGGAAUGAAGCAGUAAGCAAGAGUAAACGGAAACAAUCAGAAUCCAAGAGAGGACUCUCUCCUGAUGUUUUAAAAACAAGAUUAUGUUGGUUUUUUAUCAAUCACCCUGAUGGCUGUCCGCGUGUUACUGAUAAUUGUCCUUACGCUCAUGGAUCUGAAGAGUUGCGGCCAUCUUCAGCUCUUAGAAGGAAAAAACACAGGAACGAUGAAUUGUCUUAAAUACUGUACUAUUUUGUCUAACAUUGUAUGCCAUCAACAUUUUAACUGCUUUAUUCCUGUCCAAGUUUAAGAAAUGUAUAGAUAAAAUAAAUGUUUAUUUUUAAUCAGAUUUAUAGAGGGAAUUUAAUUUAAGGGACACAAAACAAGUUGAGAUUGCAAUAUGGAAAGUUUAAUUUUGCAUAGAAACAACUUUCACAAUAAACUUGUAUUAUUUU